AUGAUGAGCCACAAUCUUGGAGUUGAGCUAGAUAAAGAAAACAAGGCAAUCCUUCACACUUGUACAGGCCUUGUCUGCAAUGAACUGGUUUUAAGGUCAUCUAGCACUAUUUAUCUUGGUAUUCUUGACACAGAACAGGAAAGGUUGGUAAUGGUUUAUGCUUUUAUUUUCAUUGGAAAGAAUAGAAUGUUUCUAGACUUCAAAUCUAAUAAAGUUAUUCUACAUUCUCAGCUACUUCUUGCUCGGCCAGCUUGUUAUAUUUGGGAUAAAAAAUUUUCUACAAAAAACAAAUACCUGAAGAAAAUGAGAUGCUUGUUAUCUUUUUUAGGGUAUUUGGGUUUAGAUACUGCUGGAGAUGCUCUUACAUUGGAAGUACCAAGUACAAAUGGGCAAAGAAAUAAAACAUUUAUAAAUACAAAAAUAAACUCAGAGCUCGAUAUAGUGAUACUGGUGGAUUCAAAUUUUAUCACUAUCACUAUAUCAAAAAAUAGUGAUAAUAAGCAGGCACGGGCCCAAAUUUUCCAAAAAAUUAUCACUAUAUUGCGAUUAUCACUAUAUUGA